UCUUUGAUGGCGUGAACAUGAAUAUAUGUGCAUGUGUGUGUGUGUGUGUUUGUCAGAAACGAGUGAGAGCCCAUAUGAAUAAACAGUUGUGCCCGAAUGGCUCUGAUUUCAACCAACGAGCUUCUUCCAAACCAAUCCUUGUCGAGGAAGGAAAGCAAGUCCUGGUCAAUAAAUAAAGGUUUACAUUACGUGAGUCUGGUUCAAUGCACGGCAAACAACCUUAACGCCAAGUUGAAAGCCAAGUCUUGUACCUCAUCCAUAUCCAACAUGACACUCCAGUUUAGUUAAAGGCCAUCCAGCCCAGGUACACAGACCUUCACAGGACAGAGAGGCAACCCUCAUCAACAUUCAGUUCCCGGUAAAUAUGAGAAAUAAUCUAUUAGCUAUCCUGGGCUUGUGUCUUUCGAUCAUCUUUCACCUGCUCAUGGCCUAUCAUCUUGAUCUUCAUUCUUGAUGGUCAAUACUUCGUGACAGUAUCUGGCUUGGUUCAGUACUAAACGAAACCAUUGAUCACGUGGAGGGAAAUUUGAAAAACAAAACAAAACGAAGUGUCGUGUUGGCCUUCAUCGGGGAAAUGAUAAUUAAGUGCUUCCGGUCGGUCGGUCUGAAGACCGCAAAGGCUCUAAUGGGGGUUGCACUCGCUGGCCUUCUGGGUGGAUAUGUGGUAUUACAACGGACAUGGCAUGCAGAGUUGAAUCCAAUGGAACCAUCACGAUUUGUCAGUUUUGGUCGGGGACGUUUGGGCAAUCAGAUGAGCUCCCUGGCCACUAUUAUUGCGUUUUCACAAAGGCUCAAUAUCACCCCAUUUGUGACCCAAGAGCAAGCAGAAAUGCUCUGGGAAUACUUCGAUGACCUCGAUCUACAUGUGUUGGAAGAUGAAAUGCCAAACUAUCAAGACUAUAGGUGGAUAAAUCCAUUUAGACUCAUAGAUGAACAUAUUUGGAAUUUUGACUAUUCGAUUUUGUUCUCCCCCGACGGAUCGGGGGCGUCCCUUCUCUUGGGUCAAACCAUUGAGGUUGGUCACUACCCAAAUGAGGUCCACAUGUUCAGAGCAAUCACGCCUUCCCUUCAAUCUGUGUUCCGUCUAAAGGAUCGCUAUGUCCUCAACGCUCAAAGAAACUUGGAACUGGCCCGAAGUGAGUUCCUGGAAAAGCGGACAACUUUCCACGGGAAUUCAGAAGAACUCGAAGGGUCAGUCAUCAUCAAGCCAGAAGACAUUUCGUUUGUCAGUAUUCACAUUCGUCGAGGAGACUAUGCCGAACAUCUCAAGAGCUUGUAUCACAUUGGCUACGUUAAACCCGAAUAUUACUCCGAGGCCAUCGAAUGGUUCAAAGGAGCCUUUAAGUGUCCACUGUUUUUUAUUGUGAGUGAUGACCUCGAAUGGGCAGAAAAUGAGCUGGGAGACUGUAACGGGCAUUGCUUUUAUGCUGGAAGCCGCAAAUCCUCAUCAGAGUUUGAUCCAAAUGUGCCAUUGGCGACAAGCCCAGAAAUUGGAAACGACUUGGCUCUGUUGAGCCAAGUGAAUCACUCCAUAAUCACCUAUGGGACGUUUGGCAUGUGGGGUGCCCUAUUGGCCGGUGGUCAGACCUUACUACCCAAAGGAUUUGACAAUAUGAAAGAGGUCAAAGAAAUUCGGAGAGCCAACUUUCGAGACUGGACGUUCAUUUAAGCCAUGCUUCAAUCCCAAAUCCAACGUCAAAAAUGCCAAUCCAUGUAGUAUUGUACCAUACAGUAUACAGUGGAACAUUAAAAAGAACUGUGUCGCAA